AUGCAGGCCCCAUUUUCAACCUGGGAAGGACGUGCAUAUGACUAUGGGAUGGACAACCUCAAGAGCAUGGGUUUCCCAGUAGAUGACCUUAAAUUUGACCCUGACCUGGUCAUAAGAGGUCUUGUUAUUGAUAAAGAGAAGGGAAACUUCGUUAAAGCUGAUCUAUUUGGCUAUGUUAAGAGGGCCAUGCAUGGUACCCAGAUGCUUUCCACUCGUGCUGUGAGUGAAAUAUAUGGAAGAGAAUUGGUGGACCUGCAGAAAGAAAGUCGAUGGGAGUUCCUUAACACCCUUUUCUCUGUUUCAGAAGCUGUCAUGUUCAUGCAGAUGGUCGACAAGUUAGAUCAGGGAUUGGUGCCAGCUGAACUUGGGCCAUUGGAUUACAAAGGACUGUACAAUGCUGUUUCCAAAGCACUUUUUCGAGCACAUGUAGAAGGCCAACUUAAGCUGGUUGAAAUGUGGAGAGAAAUAAUGGCUGAGCCUGAGCGGUUUGUAGAGCCUGAUCCAGAACUUCCUUUAGCUCUUCUUGAUCAAAAAGAGGCUGGAAAAAAGUUGCUUCUCAUUACUAAUUCAGAUUACCAUUAUACAAACAAAAUGAUGAAUCAUGCAUCCAAUCGCUUUCUUCCUAAUGAUGUGGGAUGGAGAGAUCUUUUUGAAAUGGUUAUAGUCUCCGCAAGGAAGCCAGAGUUUUUCCAGCUUUCACAUCCAUUAUAUGAGGUUGUAACAGAUGAUGGACUGAUGCGCCCCUGUUUUAAAGUAAAGUCAGGUGGCUUAUGUUCUGGUGGUAGUGCUCAGAUGGUUGAGAAAUCACUAGACAUUCAUGGGGAUGAGAUAUUAUAUGUUGGGGACCAUAUUUACACAGAUGUAAGCCAGUCAAAAGUUCAUUUACGAUGGAGAACGGCAUUAAUCUGCAGAGAACUAGAGGAUGAGUUUGAUGUACUGGUCAAAAGCCAUGAUCAGAAAGAAAAGCUUGUUACACUUAUACAACAAAAAGAAAGUGUGGGGGAUCUUUUUAACCAGCUUCGGCUGGCCCUGCAGAGGCGCUCUAAUUCACGUCCUGCACAGACACUUGCUGCAACUUGUAUGGAUGACCAGGAGCUUAUGGAAAGUAUGCAAAAGUUGCUCAUUGUUAUGCAAAGAUUAGAUGAAAAGAUUGGGCCAAUGCUAGAAGCAGAUGGAGAACUUUUCAAUAAAAGAUGGGGUUGGUUGUCACGUGCUGGCCUAUGGGAUAAGAGUCAUCUGACCAGGCAAAUUGAAAAACACUUGCACAUGAUGCCCAUUCCUAUUCUGGGGGAAAGGCCAUCAAAGUUCAUUGAGUGUCUGUUCAAGUCACAAUGUGGAGAUUAG